CACACUCCAGCGCCGCCCUUUUUUUUAGGGCCUGAAAUUGAAUGCCGUUAUGUCGCACAAUCGCACGUGAUUAUGUUGCCCUUUUAUCCUCUACUGCCCUCUGUAUUAUAAAAUCGUGGAUUUACAAGUUUAUCAAACUCAGAUUUGUAAACAAAAACAAGGGACAUCGAUGCCCCAAAUUAGUAUAAUAUCCCCACGUGUAAAUAAUACGAUCAUUUCGGAGUUUUGGUUCUACCACAGCUUAUCAGUAGAGGGUUUCCUGUGCCCUUCAGACUGGGUGGUAGCAUUUCCCUUAAAUAGAAUAAAUAAUUCUCAGUUCAAUCAUUGUUUAAAGACAGAUAUAUGUAAUUUGAUCUCCGAAAUUAAACAUAAAAAAUCAUCAGUGAAGAUUGCAUGUAGCUGAUGGACCAAAACCGUUUUGUUAUUACAGGAUUUAAUCAUUUGAUCCAUUAACCUGGCCUGAUAAAAUUAAUUUGAGCUCAAAUAAUUUACAUGUGCUUUAAUUAAACAUCUCUUUUUGAUGAAAUGAUAAAAUGAUCACUUUCUGAUGUUUAUGCCACAAAGACUCAAUCAAUGAAAUGGGAAGAAAAUCAAGUUUCUGGCUUGUGUAGUUUGACAGACAAAGUUACUUAUAAAUCAUAUUUCAGAUCCAAGUACAUGACAUGAAUUAUCAACAUUAAUCAUAAAUCACUGGUGAUUAUUUGUUCAGCAAUCAAUACAUCAUACCCAUAAUAAAUUAUAUAGCAACGUAGAGCGUGCGCGUUUCUCCACCACCGCCUGUCAUUCCGAAUUAUGACGAGCAAUCGCAGUGGAAGAUAUAACAUUAAUCACUCCGCUCUCGCCCAAUGCUCGUAUCCACUAUCUCCCGUCACAACUCCACUGCGACCUGAACGCUAAUCCAACUGACCGGCUAAGACAAACGGGUACUGUUGCCAUUCUGUCAACCUGACGUGGUUAAAUAAUCUGUGAUUAUUAAUGUCAUUUUAAGUGCUCGGUUGAAGGAGAGACACUGUAGCGGAAGCCAAUUAGUGGAACAAUUUGAACCCCGUGAAGUGGUAUACAAAUAUGUUCGAGAGGUAAUAUCAUAGAUUAUAUUGAAGGAUUUUUGUAGCUACUUCAUGCAGUUGCAUCUGUUCUGGCAGUUAAAACGUGGACAGUUCUGUACGAGUGACGUUUGUUUGGCCCUGCCACUUUUGGAUCAGUUGUUAUCUGUUAGACGUUGCCUUUGUAACACACGGAGUAUUAUGCAAUGGAGCUGGUAGAAUGAUAAAGCAAAAUAAAUAUGGUUGUUGAAAUAAAUUAUUAUAUUCGCCUUGUUCUUGAACGCAUGGUAAUGCUCGAAUUUUUCAGUUCAGCGAAAACGUUCAAAUGCUUCUAAUUUCGCCACCAUUUACAAACAAGCUGCAGCAAAAGUCAGCUGGUCAAAUGAAAAAUAUAACUCUGUGCAAAUACGUGCUGUUGACUUCAUGUUAGGAUUUAGGAUCUACAUCCCUGGUAAGUGUAGGGAUUCGGGAGUACGUGUAAAACCGACCUCGUCAGCCCCCUUCACAAUUUUGCGUUAUUACAACUGCGGGUGACAUUUAAGAGAGUUCACUCGGUCGCUUGCUGUGUCUAAGCAGAGACGAUAAGCCGGCAUGGCACAUUACCGUGUAUCCAAGAUCGCUUGACUCGAAUCACGAUAAGACCUUGUCAAGUUGUUUCACAGUUAUCAGCAAAACAAAAGUCUUGUCAAAUCACUGUAUGAAUGGUAGGAAGAUAUGAUUGGUUAGCCAAAUCUACCGGGCAUCGGGGAAUUAAUUUUGUCAUGCACGCUACGACAGCUCGACUUCUCCCUUCCUCACGCACAGUGAAAGAGUUACGGGAAGCCCAUUCUGUCGCUGUCACACGCAAACCCACGAUAGAUAAGUGGUGCAUUCUUCAACUUAAGCACGAGUAAAUACCACCUCCCUUGCUCCACCUUGCUACCUUCCCUCGUGCCCAUAAACUGAGCGGUUGACCACGCGUCUACGGUAUCCGGGGUUUGUGCGCCGCUAUCUGACUUAUCUUGUUAACUUUGCCUGCUCUUUGGUAGCCUGAGACUGUCAAAGAGAAACAAGUACUUAAGUAGCAGAAACUAUUGCAAAAAUUACUUCAAUCUCAAUCAAUAUGCCGAGAUAAGGAAGCGGAGGCCGAAGGUUAAUGAGAGGAAAUGGACGGUCAACACUUCUUCAAUCAGGCGAUUUAUCAGAGAGAGGCUAACUAUGGAGUCCCGGUGUCGUCGACGGCGGUUGGGAGCUACAGUACCCUGGGCGGGCCAACUGCUUGCAUCUACGCCGCCAAACCUGCGAGUAUCAACCAAGGAGGAGGGUACGGUGGGCAGGCAAUGACGGUGGUAGACCACGGAAUACAACAAGAUAUCCUAGCCCAGAGUCUCUCCCCUCAGGCUCUAGGGGGUGGCCUGCCGUCACCCAUCCCGGCGCACAUCCAGCAGUCACAACUGGUGGCCGUAUCUCCACAGUCUCAGCCGCCGCCGGCUCACAGCCAGACGCAGCUCUCACCGGCCUCUACCCCGUCGUCCACGGGGGUGGGGUCCACCCACACCCCAACCACACAGCCCGCACUGCAGUUCCCCUGGAUGAAAACGACCAAGUCCCACGCGGCUCAGUGGAAAGCACAGUGGCCCGGUAGGAACACAUACGGGGCCCAAUUUUCUCUAGAAGACGACAACAAAAGAACCCGAACAGCAUACACUAGGGGACAGCUUUUGGAACUGGAGAAAGAAUUUCAUUUUAAUAAAUAUAUAUCUCGUCCACGUCGCAUUGAACUCGCUGCCAUGCUAAACUUAACUGAAAGGCAUAUAAAAAUCUGGUUUCAAAAUAGGAGAAUGAAAUGGAAAAAAGACGAAGCAAAGCGACGUCCGCGGCCUCUAUCGACAACAUCGGGAACUGCGACGACAUCAGCAGGGAUGGUUACGUCAGCCGCAGAAUCAACUACGUCAUCACUUAAGACUGUCAGCUCUUAUGAAGAGUCUGGUAAAGAAUUAAACGGGGAAAUGAAAAAAGAAGUCGCAGAACACAGAAUAAGUCCUUCUGUCAAAUAGAUCGCAGAUCAAAUCUUUUAAACGAUGUGACUUUACACAUGGCACUAUGUCAAAAAGGGUAUAAAGAAUCAACAGAGGGACUCCCUGUAUUUAGGCUCUUAAUAAUUAAUUUAUAUGGAGCUUAUACAAUGUACUUAUAUCUGACGUUGCUAAAAUGCAUCCUAUUGAUAUACCUCUGUAUGAAACCAAAAUGUCAUCUGUAAAUUGGCCAAAGCCCAGUGAUAACGCAAAAGACUGGGUUUGAGCAAUGAACAACGUUUAUUGUGGAGAAGGUAAUUUUCGUCCAUCAUCAUAAAGCUUCUGUAGCUUCAUGUACUAUCUGUUUAUAUCUUAUAAAGAUUUUUCAUUUGUAGUUUUUAUUUUCGAAUUGACUCAAAGUCUUUAACUGCUAUAAAGUAAUAAAAUAAAACGCAGAUGUAUCCGGUUAUUGAUACGUCCGAGAAAAAAAAAAGGUCAUUAUUCACAUAUUGUGUCUUAGGGGCAGUGUCUCCUUGUACAAGCGGACCUUUACCAAACAUGAUGACAGGAAACGUGUGACGCUGUAAUAGACUCGAUCCACAUGGAACGUAGUACAAUGAGAUAACACAACGGUUUUGACUGAGUACAUGUACAUUGCUUUGUCUCAAAAUGC